GUUAAUAUUUAUAUGUAAAAUAUAUAUAUAUAUAUAAAUAGAAACAUAGAUAUAAUGGCAAAAAAAUCAAAUGCAUUAAUUACAAAUAAUACAAAAAAAGAUGAAGGAUCAUCUCCGGAAAUGAAUAAAAAAAGGUUGAAAAAACUUGAACAAAAAUUAAAUAAACCACCAAAAUUAGAAGAAAGACCUAUCAGUAAUACCAAGUUUACAUUAUUAUCAAUAUUUUGCGCAUUCUUGGCAAUAGUAUAUUUAUAUUUAUUAAAAUACCCAAUAAAUCAUUCCAAUAACAACAAUAAUAACAACAAUCAAAAUAAUAAUAAUUUUAUAAAUAAAGAAAUUUUGGUUGAUGAUUCAGCCGAAACUAUAAAAAAUAUCGAAACUGGUUUAAAAAAGAUAUCAGGAUUUAACGAGUGGGACGGUAAUUGUCAUAAUAAAACUGUUGCUGUUGGUUAUAAUACAAAUUUAGACUUGGUAGUUGAUGCAAUCGAGUUAUUAGAGAAAUUAAAGUUAAAGCCACAACCACUACACCACCAACCAAAAGAAGUAAUUUCAUCAUUAAGCGAUUUCGAAGCAAUAUUUUCAUACUAUUUUAAAUCUGGUAGUGCCGCCGAAAGAUAUAUUCAAGAUGAAGAAACCUUUGAAUCCAUUUUAGCUGCUGCUUUAGCUUCAUCAUCAAAACAAUUUUAUACAGGUGGUAAUGCUGGUAUCAUGGCUAAUAGACUUGUUAAUGAUAAUUGUAAUGUUUAUUUAGGUGGAAUCAUUGGAAAGAAAUUAAAGCAAUUAAUAUCACCAAAAGUUAAUAUCAUUGGUUAUGAAAGCGAAAAGGGCGAAGAGUUUGAUGAAGUUCAUUUGAUUUUAGAGUAUGGAAAAAAGAGUGUAUGGGGCGAACACAGAGCACCAAGAGCCAAUCGUUUUAUUAUUUCAAGAGAUAACACAAACUCAAAUCUUUUAACCAUGGAGUCAUUCCAUUCAAUCAUCGAAAAGAAACCAGAUCUUAUUUUGUUAUCAGGUUUACAUUUAUUGACCGAUGAAGCCCAAGAAAGAAGAGUAGAGGAUAUGGUCAAGUUAUUAGCAGAUAUCCCAUACAACAGCGACCCAAUUCACUUUUUAAAUCCAUCACUCAACAUGCCAAUCCAUUUAGAGUUGGCUUCAAUUGCAUCAUCCAAAUAUAUCAGUUUAUUAGUUAAUAAAAUUGUACCAUUUGUAGACUCUAUAGGUUUAAACGAACAGGAAUUAGGUUUUAUUUAUGUUUCAACUGGUGGUAAAAAAUUUACUCUUGAUGACUUCAAAGAGCCAACCGUCAACACUGCAGUUGAAGCUAUCAUCCAUAUAUUCGAUAUAUCAUUCUCAAACCAAGACAAAACUGAUAGUGAUAUAUUAGGUGAUUUCGGUAUUCCAACCAUGUCAAAACAAAGAUCUCUCACUCGUAUUCAUUUCCACUAUUUAAGCUUCCAUAUCGUUUCCACCAAAGCUUAUUCCCAAUGGUCACCAAACCAAUCCUCUGCCGCUGUCGCUGCUUCCUCAAUCGAAGCUACCAACCAAGCUUGUCUCUUUAACGAUGUAGAGCUCCAUUUACCUCCAUCAGUCGAAGUUGACUAUCGUUAUACACCAGGUGCUACUAAGACUAUUCUCUUUAAUAAAAAAUCACCUGUAACUUAUUGGCAAGAUUCUGGAUACGAGUUUCACGUUGCUCCAGUCUUAGUUUGUAAAUCACCAAUGAAAACUGUUGGCUUAGGUGAUUCAAUUUCGACAAUGGGUUUCUUAUAUCAAACUAUUAAAUCUGAUGCAACUUAUAAUAAUCAAUAAAAAUUAAAUAAUAUAUUAUAUAUUUAAAAAAUAAUGUUUAUU